AUUUUACUGUCAAAAUAAAAUUGUUUAUGUAUUUUCUGAGCAUUCUUGGAAAAAAAAACCAGCGUGUAGACCAAAAUGUCUCUGUAUCCGAACAGACAAUAUCCUGUUCACCGGAAUUAAUUGAAGAGGUACAACUUUACGCCGAACUUGACUCGGAAGGCCGGAUAGUCAGUAGGACCAUGACGCCAUAUGAGUGUCAGCUCGAGGGUGAAGUGGAGCAGUUGCAAGAGGCGCUUUUUAAAAUCUCUUCUCAUUAUGCCAAAGUGCAGUUCAGACUGAGGCAAAUAUCGUUGGCUUCAGGUUACGAGAGGGACAAUCUGUUAAAAGAUCUGGAGCGAUUAACAGCAAAAGGACUAGAUGCGACUGGGCCCAAACGGGACGAAAAGUUCUCCAUGCAAGCCAAACUUCACGUAAAGCAAGACCAGAUUCUCUGCCAACUGCGAGAAAGUCUCGGAGAUUUGGUCGAAACAACUGGUGUAUGCUUUCAUGCUAAUCAUUACCCGAUCAUAACCAGAUCUCUGAGGAUUUCUACAGAUGCUUCCAAUAAAGCCCCCCGCAACAAAGUCGUCAGCCGGGGCGGUGGAAAAAGCCGAAAAUGCUUUGGCCAUGCGGAGAUAGAAAGAAAAAAUGACACUGGGUACAUGGAUGGCACGUGUUGUGAUAUUGAGUACGGGAAGCAAGAUACACAUUUUUUGCAUCCCAAGUCAACAACUUAUUCGUAGAUAUGCUGGAAACGUAAAAAAAUGAAGAUUGAAGAAUAUUAAACUCGAAAAAAGACCGCUGUCUCCCUAUUACGGACCUUUUAUAGUUCUGAUCUUAUCUUUAAUGAUAGUUCCAAAAGUUCUUACAAAAAAGAAUUACUUAGAGCUGUUGUUGUCGAAUAAUAUUAGAUUUAGCAUUAUGAUUAAAAGCAAAAAGUACCUGAGGAAUAGCAAAUAAAACGGGAAAAGAAGACGAAGAACAGCGUGGAAUAUUCACAAAUAAGAAGACAACAUUUUAAAAAGAUGAAAGGUUAAAUUUAUAUUUUGUACAAAAUAAAAAUGUUUUGAAUGUUUUUUUUCUAUUUUAA